CACAGGCACACCAACACACCCUGUCAACGGAAUCACACAGUCAAUGGCUGCUCUGCUUGGGGAGGAACCACGGCUGGGCAGCACCCCGCUGGCCAUGCUGGCUGCCACCUGCAGUAGAAUUGGCGAGCCCACCCCCUCCUGUUCACCCGCUCUUUCCGACGGAGCCCCUGGACUCAUUAAGGGGUUUCAUCCUUGGAAAAGGAAUGGCCAGGGCAACAACAGUCUGAAUACCUGCCUCACCUCGCUCGGAGUUUCCUCUGGGACUUCCAGGAGUAACGGGACCGGACUGACGGAGGCCUCUAGUGCCUUCUCAGUGACAGCCGCCAACUCUUGUUUGGGAAAUGACUUUUCCUUGUACCAGACUGCUGUGCCGCCAUCGGACAACAGUGUUUCUGAUUCCGCUUACGCUCAGCGGCAGGUGUUUCUGACCAAGUUUCCCUCAUCUGUGGAAAGCAUAGGUGGGCUAUAUCCCAGGAUGCAUCCCUAUGAUUCAUGGUUCAAACCCGUUGGGGAGGUCGGUAACGGGUCUCCAGCUUGGUGGGACGUGGGCACCAGCUGGGUGGACUCACAGAACCCAGCCGGUUUACCAUCCUCUCUGAGCAGCUACAGCAAUGAGUACAGCUCCGCCUUUGGUGCUUCUCAACACCUGCUUCCGGCCACACAACACUUGUUUGACGGCUUCAGGUCACCCAUCCCACCUCCCUACUCAGAGCCUACGACCACGGGGACACCUGUUCUGUCAGGAAGCCCAGCCGUUUCUCUGCCCGCAUCUUCUCGCGCCUCCUCCCGGCGCAAUUCAGGUAGAGCCACUUGCGACUGCCCGAACUGCCAGGAGGCGGAGAGUCUUGGCCAAGGGGGUUCUAGUCCACGACGGAGGGGACUUCACAGCUGUCACAUCCCGGGCUGUGGUAAGGUUUACGGCAAAACCUCUCACCUGAAGGCGCACCUGCGCUGGCACACCGGAGAGCGGCCGUUUGUCUGCAACUGGUUGUUCUGCGGGAAACGCUUCACGCGCUCAGAUGAACUCCAGCGUCACUUGCGCACGCACACCGGAGAGAAGCGAUUCGAGUGCUCGAUUUGCCACAAACGAUUCAUGCGCUCCGACCACCUCAGCAAGCACGUGAGGACGCACAGCGCGGAAGGAGCAGAGGAUGGCGGGGAAUCGGGACUCGCCAAAGGAAGCAGCGACACGGACAACAGCGUCGCCGGCAGCCCGAGUCAGUCUCCCGGAGUGCACAUGCGCCAGGAUGUGCAGAGCACCGAGGGUCAGAGAGUGAUGGAAUAAGUUACAAAGCUUAACGUAAACAGCUUAACACGACAGCAUCUAACUACUGUACCAUAAAGUUAUUUGUUUUGUUUUUGUCUGUCUAAGCUGAAAUGGCACUUUACGUCGAGCUUCAGUUGUGUAGCCUGUGGACAGUCUUCUUACCUCAUCUGAUAUGUGCAGCCUUAAGAAAAACAAUACUACAGCUUUGUUUUGUGAGUAUUUUAAUUUAUUCUAAGCCUUAUUUUAUACACGAUUCUCUAUUUCUUUUUUAUCAUCAA